GCACAAAUUCGUCCUGUAUGUGCGCACGAGUUAACCUAUUUCGUAUCGCGGACACGAUUCGGCAAUGUCAAUUUAAAGGGCGACAAUCACGCGAAAGUGACAUGUCGACGCAGCAAUUUUUUAUGCGAUUAUGAAACGUUAACCUGCGCCGUCGCUACGAUGUUUGUCGACCCGUCGUCGCGUUUCGCAGCGCAAACUUGAUAUCUAUUUCGAGUCGUACGCAAUGCGUUAAUCGUUUAUUUAUAACAUCGCUGUGCUGCUUUUCCAGUCGCCGUUUACGAAGUCUUUACGCAUUAUCGCCUUAUCGUAAGAUGCGCUAGGUUCCAUCAACCGUUACUUUUUACUGCCGAGUACAAAUUAUGGAUGAGAUUUGGUUUCGUCUCUCAAAUCAGCUGGAAACGUUGCAGGUUUAUACGUCCAUAGCAGCUCAACAGGGACAACAAUGGUACAUAGCAUGGUUAACUCACUUGCGCCAGCUUAUCGAGCAGAUAUGCCAAAGGGAGCCUGCCCAGCAUGUCAAAAACAUUACAAUGGGCAUGACUAAUUCUGCACAAAAGGCCUGGCAAGAAGUUCAGUUCCAGUAUAACAAUGCCCAAUGGAAUACAAUUGAGUUUUAUCGUCAACUGAGACAAUUGUACAGUAAUAAAAUGUCCAGGAGGGAGAUAGCGUUUUGCGUAACAGGUAUAGCCAUUGGCGCUGCGAUAGGCUACUGUAUUGGUGCGAAUUGGAGAUCCAAUUCUCAUCACGUGCAUCACAUAAAGGCUAUAGCUUGCCAUCAUUAUUACGGAAUCGAGGGUGUCUUAAUGAUAGAGGAUGCCGAAAUGCCAACGAUCAAGAAGUCGAACGAAUUACUGAUACAAGUCAAGGCUGCUUCGCUCAGCGUCACUGACACGAAGAUAUGCUUCGGCUAUUCCAAAAUUUAUAGGCGAUUACUCAACUCGGGAAAACAGAAAGAACUACCUGUAACUUUAGGAAGGGACUGCUCGGGAAUAAUAGUGGACAUCGGACGAGGUGUCGUCAACUUCGAAAUCGGGGACGAGGUGUUGCUAGCUGUUCCAUCAUGGGCCUCUGGCACGAUGGCGGAGUACAUAGUCGCUCCGGAGACGCAAGUGGCAAGACGGCCCAAGACUUGUAGCUUCGAGACCUCCGCCAGUCUGCCGUACAACGGCUGUUUGGCGUGGGACGCUUUAGUUAACAGAUCCGUCAUCAAGGAAGGCAACGCCAAGGGAAAACGAGUCUUCAUUUACGGCGCAAGCACUCCGAUCGGCUGCACCUUGAUACAAUUAGUCAAGCUGUGGGGCGGAUACGUGGUAGCUGCAUGCAGGACGAACGCGGCGUCCGUGAUCAAGGCACUGGGCGCCGACGAAAUUAUAAUAAUAGGCGAAAGCGACAUCGACAAGGAAUUACAGCUGUGCGACAAAUUCGAUGCGAUCUUUUUCACGGACAAUCAACCGUUUCAAGAACGAAUUUUGAAGAGAUACCUAUUACCUCAUGGUUCUUACGUAUCCACCGUUCCUGAACAGUUAAUGUCGGACUCGUUUGGAUUCAUAUUCGGCAGCAUAUUUGCAGGAUACGUUAGAAUCAAAUUGUUGGUUCAGUACAUGUUCGGAUUAAAUAUGCACCAGUGGAAAGAGGGCUCGAAACUGAACGUUGCGUAUCUGCGAACCUUGUGCGACCUAACCGACGCGAAUCAGUUGCAAAUGGUCGUGGAUAGAGUGUACGCGCCAUACAACAUCGAACGGGCCUUGCUACACGUUUUAGACCCGAAUUCUAUCGGUAGUACAAUUAUAACGUUUCAGUGACAUUUCACAAUUGACGUUACAAUGGGAGAUCAUUCAACAAUCGAACGCUUUUUGUACAUAAGAGUAGCAUAUAACUUGGGCACUCAACCGCCGCGCCGUCGCGUUUUUGUACAUUCGCAUUAUUGCAAAUUAAAAAUUAGCAAUCAAACAAUCGACACUUGGUGCCGAAACAAAGACUGACAACGUAAUAUAAUUAACAAACAGAUCAGAUCAAAACUGAACGAGUGCUUUAUUCUCGUUUUAAUGGCCUAAGUCAGAGGUGAAAGAUAAGAAAGACGAUUAAUAUGAUGAAUGAUUGCAUGUAGGAACGCAAAUAAUAAUGUUGUUAACAAAGAUUUUUACAGACGUUACUGUUGAUCGCUCAUCACGACAGAUUUGGAAUAUACAUUGUAUAUGAAUAUAUUGUACAUGAUAUAUUUUGCGAAAUAAAUAGAGCAAAUUAUAU